CAGUAUUUAUACAUUUACUUUUUUAGAAUACGCAUAUCUCUCGGAAGUCCCUAUUUUUACAGAAAGGCCUCAAUGCUUCAACUGUCUCAGCAAGUCAUUGCAAAAUGUGCAAUUUCCAGGUUUCACGUUUGAGAAUUGUAGUCACUAACGGACAUCAAACUUCAGCUUCAGAAAGCUAACCCUGUUACUCACGCAACUUUCUUAAGGCGAGAGCGAUAAUUAAUAACAGCAUGAUUAAAAACGGAACCUACAGAACACAUUUAGACAACGACAGUAUUUUGUUCCUAUCUGUGUCGCACAAACUUGACAUAAUUGGGCGCAGGGAACGCAGUUCACAGCACAAUUUCCGGGCAGGUUGUUUGUUUACGGAAGUGAGAGAAUGCUACCAUGUGUGAGAUGGCAAUUCGCUUCUUUUUGUAUUUUUAAACGCUAUAAAAUAAUACUGUUUAGUGAGUAUGUCAGAGCCUGGGGUAGAGCUUGUUUAUCACGAAAAGCAACGGCUAGAAUUAUGUGCUAUCCACGCCCUGAACAAUAUAUUCCAAGAUAAACUUUUCAGCAAAGAGACAGCAGACGAGAUUUGUAAACGGUUGGCACCAGAUGCCCGUAUAAACCCUCAUCGCAGUGUUCUUGGGACUGGGAACUAUGAUGUUAAUGUUAUAAUGGCAGCGCUUCAAAACUACGGGUUUGCUGCAGUCUGGUGGGAUAAGCGCAGGUCUUUGGAAAAACUAGUACUGAAUAAAAUUCAUGGAUUCAUUCUGAAUAUCCCAUCCAGUGUCAUGCUGGGAUUUGUCUCUCUUCCAAUCCGGCGCAAACAUUGGAUUGCUGUUCGUGAAGUUUAUGGUGUCUACUAUAACCUAGAUUCAAAGCUCAAGUCUCCUGUGCGACUUGGAGGAGAAAAUGAGAUAAGGAAAUUUCUGAAAGAACACAUGUCUGAGGAACCCUGUGAGAUGCUGCUGGUUGUGCAGAAAGAUGUAGAAGAAGAUGGUACCUGGUGGAAUGUAGCUGUGUGAGUGCGGCAAAUGCCUUCAGAAAAGAUGGACUUCUGACAGCACCCACACCUGCAUGGUGAAAAAGGAGAGACUGCAUGUGAAACCAAAGAUCUGUUUUGCCUAGGAAACAAAUGUUUGGAAGAUUGCUAUUUAUCAGAUGUGGCUAUGUGACCUGCACAUGCAGGCUGCCACACAGUGCAAAUUAUCAACCAUUGUGUUUACUGACUUUCUGGCAGGCAGUUGUAAUACAUAUAGCCUGCAGAGUUUGUUAUUCAUUGAGGAGCCAGACUAGUUAGAAUGUAACUCUUUAGCAGACAGGGUGUAUUGUUUUUGCAAAAUGUGGUGCAGUUUACUCAUUUAAACAUUGGCUGCCCUAAAGUAGCUGGUUUAUGUACUUCCUAAAGACCAUAUUAGCAAAAAAUGCAUUUCUUAAAGACAUUUCUUUUCAAUUUGAUAAGAACGAGGGCAAUGUAUUUGUCCUGUGUAGAAAGACUGCUUUUAUAAAAAUGUUAAACAUAAA